AUGCCAAUACCAACUAGUCCUUCUAUACCAUCGGUAGAUGAUCAUUCUGAUCAACCGAAUGAUGGUGAUACUGCCAAUCAAACAUCUGUGGACUUGUCAAAAGACGACAAGAUGGUCCAAUUUGACUCAAGCGCCAAACUGGAGGAUGAUACACCAACCAAACAAAGAUGGACAGACCAUGCCUUCCGCUAUCUCGGUCUAUUAUUUAUUUGUUUAUUACCAUUUGGUAGUUAUUAUAUAUAUGAUAUACCAUCAGCAUUAACUCAACGUGCAGUUGAUGAAUGGUAUGGAGUCACUGAGGUGAAGUAUGGAUUGUUGUACUCUGUUUACAACUUUCCAAACAUGGUCAUUGUGUUCUUUGGCGGAUUCUUGAUUGAUCGUGUCUUUGGUCUACGUCUUGGAAGCCUACUGUUCUGUCUUUUGGUCCUGGUCGGUCAGUUGAUAUUCUCCAUAUCAGCCAGCUCCAAGACAUUCUGGUUGGCCUUGCUUGGUCGUAUCAUCUUUGGUCUCGGUGGUGAAUCUUUGAGUGUUGCCCAGUCAACAUUCACCGCCACCUGGUUCAAUGGCCGCAGCGACAUGAACUUUGCCUUUGCCGUAACACUUGGUUUCUCGAGGAUUGGAAGUGCCGUCAACUUCCAGGUCACGCCAGCCUUGGUAAGGUCAUCUGGUAUCCCAUUUGCAGUAUGGUUCGGUACCAUUUGCUGUGGAGUAUCAAUGGUUGCAACAGUCAUCCUAUGUUUCGUCGACACUAUCCGUCGAAAGAAAGAGAAGAUUGUAAUCAAGAAUGAUCCGAUCUCAUUCCGUGACAUACCCAAGUUCCCAAUCCAACUAUGGUUGCUCAUUGCCGUUGUAGUAUUCUUCUACAUUCCAAUGUUUGUCUUUGUAUCAAUUGGAACACAAUUCUUCAUUGACAAGUUUGGAGUCACAGAUGAUGUCGCAGGCAUCUUGACAAGUAUCCCAUACUAUACUGCAGCACCAUCACCUGUUAUUGGAUUUGUUAUCGAUAGAGUAGGAAGGAAUUUGACAUGGUUGUUUGGAGCAACAGUCAUGUUGGUAGUUGGUCACAUCAUCCUGGGCUUGACAUACGCCAAUCCCUAUAUUGGUAUGGUUAUCAUGGGUAUUGGAUAUGCCACUUUCGCAGCCUCUAUUAUGCCAUGUUUCCCUGCACUCAUUCAAUCCAACAGACUUGGAACAGCCUAUGGUCUGACCUUUGCCUUCCAGAAUCUAUUCGUUGGUCUGGCAGGUAUGGGUGUCAAUGCCUUGUUGGAGAAGUAUAACAACAACUACAAUCAUGUUGAAGCAAUAUUCAUAAGCUGUGCAGGAAUAGCUGUGAUACUUGUAAGCAUAUUGAUUUACUUAGAUCGUAAACAUAAGAAGUUGAAUGUUCCGGCCCAUGAAUUCAAGACUGGAAUCAUCGAACUGAAUAACAAAAAAGUUGUAGAUGAACUAAGUGAAGUGUCAUUGGAAGAGAAGAAUAUGGACAAUGAUAAUAACAAGGAGACCCCGAUAGGUAGAUCCUUGUCUGACAUAUCAGUUGACAAUGAUGACAUUGAUACAUCCAAUAAUAAUAACAAUAGAGGUGAGGCCAGGUUCUAG